GAGUCUGUAGCGGAACAUGGCAACUUGAAUUGCGAUAGCCACUACAGGCCAAUAUCCUCUCGGAGCUCGUGGCGGGCUGGGUCGGGCAGGCCGCCCACCAGCUCCUCUGCCCAUGUCGAGGGCAGGGAAGACUGGGGCCGCAGCCAUUCUGUCUGCAGGGGUCAGACGGCGUUCAUGAGUCUCGACCACAUGAUGAACCGACUUGGAUGGGCCUACGGUCAAGCGGAAAGCUUGGCUGAAUGGUCACUUGAAAAUCCAGAAUGA